UUCUUAGUUAACGACGCUUCGAAGUAACCAACCCGAUACCCAUUUUACAACCCGAAAAAAUGCUAAUGGUCGUCCCUCCGAUUCCAAAUCAUCAACAAUUUCUUUGUUUCUAAUUCUCUCCGGUUCUUCUUCUUCUUCUUCUUCUUUCUGAUCUCUCUCUCUCUCUCUCUGUUCUGUUCCUACCCACUUCAUAAUCGUUGGUUUUCCAGAUCCAGUCCCCGAAUUCCCUUCCGUUUUCCCGAGAAACAAACAGUUAAAGCGGUUCCGGGAAAAUGUCACAUAGCGACACGGUGCCCCUCCACCCGUCGUCCCAAUCCGAUAUCGAUGAGAUCGAGAACCUCAUCAACGCUAGCGUCCAAUCUGGUCCCGCCACCGUCCUUCCCGCCAGACCGCCAAGCCCUCCUCGAGCCUCGAUCCCGGUCUCUUCGUCCCCCUUCAUUCAGUCCAAUAUUCCCCCAACCACCACCACCACCACCACCAACCAGAAACCGCCAACCGUCCCCGCUCCUCCUCCUCUGCCCUCUUCCAGCAAUGGCACCCCGAACAUUGGCGCCACCGGGUUCGGAUCCCCGCCUAAUACGCUGACGGAGCCUGUGUGGGAUACAGUGAAAAGAGAUCUGUCUCGGAUCGUCAGCAACUUGAAGCUGGUCGUUUUCCCAAACCCAUAUCGCGAGGACCCAGGAAAGGCUUUGAGGGAUUGGGAUCUUUGGGGGCCUUUCUUUUUCAUUGUGUUUCUGGGUCUUACCCUUUCUUGGUCUGCCUCGGUGAAGAAGUCUGAGGUUUUUGCUGUUGCAUUUGCCCUACUAGCUGCUGGUGCUGUAAUUUUGACAUUGAAUGUACUGCUACUGGGCGGUCAUAUAAUUUUCUUCCAGAGUCUGAGCCUUUUGGGUUAUUGCUUGUUUCCUCUGGAUGUGGGUGCCCUAAUCUGUAUGUUGAAGGACAACGUUUUAGUGAAAGUGAUUGUAGUUUGCGUGACAUUGGCCUGGAGCUCGUGGGCUGCAUAUCCUUUUAUGAGUUCAGCUGUCAACCCAAGGAGAAAAGCGCUUGCACUUUAUCCUGUUUUUCUUAUGUAUGUAUCUGUUGGUUUUCUUAUCAUUGCCAUUGAUUAGUGCAUCAAUGUUUCUGAAUUAUAGGAUUUCAAAAGUAAUUGAAACUUACAUGCUGUUAAAUAGGAAUUUUAUGCGGUGAUUAAGUUUCUUCUUGUGUUACUGUAAUUUUUUUGACUGGACAAGGUUGGGAGCUCAAUCUGCCAAAUAUAAUAUACUAGCUGUAUGAAACUUAUACACAUUUUUAA